AUGCUCGGUCUUCAGGUUCUUCUCGUCGCCCUCCAGGCGUGGGCGAUCACCGCUGCUCCUCUUCUCGCUGCUCGUCAAGCGGAUACCAUCACCACCGCUCUCGGCAUGGUCCAGACCUCCCUCGAGAAACUCGAUACCGCCGUCAAGGGGAUCUCCGCGAGUGACCCCAACUCUGUUGCCCCGGUUCUCAACGCCGCCACAGGCUCCCAAGAGGCUCUCACCAAGGCUACGUCCAUGAUUGACGGCGCCAGCAACCUGGGUCUCUUUGGUGCCCUUGGUCUGCAGCAGACUGCCGACGGCCUCGUUGGACAGGUUCAGACCACUCUCGGCGAUCUCUCUCAGAAGAAGCCCGUCUUCGAUCAGCUCGGCGUCAGCUCCGUUGUCGCAGAUGCUCUUCAGCAACAAAAGACAGGCAGCGGAGCGCUCGGUGACACCCUCCUCCAGAAGGUCCCCGCCAUCGCCCGCCCGAUUGCCCAACAGAGUACCGGUCAGCUUACCGAGGCUUUGGAUAGCGCUAUUGCGGUAUUCUCUGCAUAG